GCAGCACUGGCAGUUUUCACGGGCUUACCUAUCUGUUUUGCACAUCACUGUAAGAUAGGUAAAUGCCAGACAAACGUAAAUGACGCUAAAUCUCGCUGUUAAAUAUAGGAGAUAAUUAAGGCGUAACAGUCAACGCUUGGAGAGUCCACAGAGAAAUUAUUUAGUAUACACUAUGGACAUUUCGAAAGCUCCAAACCCACGCAAACUGCAGCUCUGCCGCAUCUACUUUCUGACUGGUUUUGCUUUUCUGCCCUUCGUUUGGGCCGUAAAUGUGUGCUGGUUCUUUGAGGAGGCGUUUCGCAAACCACCAUACACCGAACAGACUCAAAUUAAACGCUAUGUGAUAUACUCAGCUAUAGGGACUUUUAUCUGGACAAUCGCACUGAUCACCUGGAUUAUUCUAUUCCAAGCGAAUCGUGCAGCUUGGGGUGCAACAGCCGACUAUAUUAGUUUUAUAAUACCAUUGGGUGUCCCAUGAUCCUGAGUCGAAUCUAAGCUAUGGUAUUAAUAUUAACAAUUGAUAUUAAACUAAAUCAAUUAAAACAAAUAUACAAAAAUAUAUGAUAACAGAUUAUAGAGAA